ACUUGAGCGAAAGUCUACGGCUGGGGGUUUCUCUUCGACCUGACGAGUUGCCAGUCGGCCUUCAACCCUCCAAGUGAUUCCAACUUUCUGCAUUAUACUCUCGAUGAGCCAGUAGUAAGUCGAUUUAUGAACAGGUUUGGUGAGUACAUGCUAGAAUGGCUGGCCAAGGCAUGAGUUGAGCGAGGAGCCUACCAUCAGUGGAAAGGUGGCUUUUUUUUUGCUAGAACCGCAUAUUUUUGCUUUGUUUCCCUGUUACUCGAUGAUUACCAAUACCGCAGGUCACCCCUCUGUCCUCGAGUGAACGGCUGUCAAACGGGAACAAAGUACUCAACGUCAGGACAUCAACAUCGAGGGGGUAUGCAGCGGACAUGGGCCGAGCGUUUCCACGCGUGAACAUUGGCGCGGCGGAGCCCGCGGCAACGUGCAGCUCAUUGCGGGUGCAGAGGAUCAGCGUCGGGUCGAGUACAUGGCUCGAACAGAUUGCGGUAACGCUACUGAACCGAUUAUCUGGCAGGGUUGUGAUGCAGCGGCAGUGCUGUCUUUUCCUGACUCUUGCCGGAGCACAGUUGCUCUGCAAUGGACGCAACAUCUGCUCGCGCAAGUACUCGAAUGUAACGUUUGUUGGAUCUCACGAUGCUCCUUUUGUCGGCCCCCUCCCUCAGCAGAACCAAAAUAUCGACAUUCCAGCCCAACUGGAACUAGGAAUCCGGUUCCUGCAAGGCCAGACGCACCGCCGACCGAUCACCGGCACGCUGUCGCUAUGCCAUACCUCGUGCCUGCUAGAAGACGCGGGCAGUCUGACUGGUUUCUUGGAGAGAGUGAAGCGCUGGCUAGACGGACACCCGCGCGAGGUGGUGACGCUGCUUCUUACGAACGGGGAUUCGGUGAAUAUCGACGAGUUCGCUGCGUCAUUUACCGCCAGUGGAAUUACGAGAUAUACAUUUAUCCCAGAAAUCAACGAGAAUAAUCAGACCACGACGAGUACUACUACUCCUAAUAAUGCCGCGGAUUGGCCGACGUUAGACGAACUGAUUCUUACCAAUCAGCGGCUAGUGGUUUUUCUCGACUACGGCGCCAACACAACCCACACGCCAUACAUACUGGAUGAAUUUGCGUAUUUCUUCGAGACGGCGUUCGACGUGACGGACGCGCAGAGCCUGGGAAGCGCCUGCACGGUCGACCGGCCGCGCGGGGCGUCGCCCGUCGGUCGGAUGGCGCUGCUCAACCAUUUCCUGGACGUCGAGAUCCUGCCGGGCGUGCUGGUGCCGGACCGGGAGCGCGCGGCGCAGACCAACGCGGCGCAUGGGGCGGGCAGCAUCGGAGCGCAGGUGGCUGCGUGUCGUCGGGCGCUAUUGGGAGAGGAAGGGCGAGUGAACGUGGUGCUGCUGGAUUUUGUGGAUGAGGGGGAGGCCAUGGCGGUGCAGGAUGCGAUGAAUAGUUAG